AUGCACAUCCACCCUAGACUAAGAUGUACUCUCCCCAGACACUCGAUCCUUGUUUUUGCCAAGUGGGUCUCUAGUCAUGACCAAGUUCUCGACGAUUCUACGUAUUUGUUUGUACUUGGGGCCUGUGCUCGAUCCUCCACAACAUCUGCAAUAUGGGAAGGAAAACAAAUCCAUGGUAGCAUAAUAAAGCAUGGCCUUUUUUCUAGUAUAAGGUUGCAGACAACUGCUAUACAUUUUUAUGCAAAAAAUAAGGAUCUUGGGUCCGCACGAAUGGUGUUUGAUGAAAUGGCUGACAGAAAUGGUGUUACAUGGAAUGCCAUGAUAACGGGUUAUUGUUCACAAAAAGAAGGGUUCAGUGAACAUGCUUGUGGCGCAUUGUUAUUGUUUAGCGAGAUGUUGGUUCAUGUUAGUGGAGUGAAACCGACGGAUACUACAAUGGUUUGCGUUCUUUUGGCAGCUUCUCAAUUGGGUGCUUUGGAAACUGGUGCUUGUGUUCAUGGGUUUAUAGAGAAGACACUGUAUGCGCCUGAGAAUGAUGUGUUUAUUGGUACUGGUCUUGUGGACAUGUAUUCAAAAUGCGGGUGUCUUGACAGCGCUUUGUGUGUAUUUGAUAGAAUGAAGGAAAGGAAUGUCUUGACUUGGACGGCUAUGGUGACUGGGCUAGCCAUUCAUGGGAACGGAAGACAAGCCUUGGAGCUUUUGGAUAAUAUGGAGACUAAUGGGGUAAAACCUAAUGCAGUGACCUUUACUAGCUUUUUUGUUGCUUGUUGCCAUGCAGGGUUGGUUGAAGAAUGCCUUUGUUUAUUCCCCAGCAUGGAGAGCAAGUUUGGCAUAUCCCCUCUUAUACAGCAUUAUGGAUGCAUUGUCGACCUGCUUGGCCGAUCUGGGCGAUUAAACGAGGCCUAUGAGUUCAUAAGUGNAAAACAAAUCCAUGGUAGCAUAAUAAAGCAUGGCCUUUUUUCUAGUAUAAGGUUGCAGACAACUGCUAUACAUUUUUAUGCAAAAAAUAAGGAUCUUGGGUCCGCACGAAUGGUGUUUGAUGAAAUGGCUGACAGAAAUGGUGUUACAUGGAAUGCCAUGAUAACGGGUUAUUGUUCACAAAAAGAAGGGUUCAGUGAACAUGCUUGUGGCGCAUUGUUAUUGUUUAGCGAGAUGUUGGUUCAUGUUAGUGGAGUGAAACCGACGGAUACUACAAUGGUUUGCGUUCUUUUGGCAGCUUCUCAAUUGGGUGCUUUGGAAACUGGUGCUUGUGUUCAUGGGUUUAUAGAGAAGACACUGUAUGCGCCUGAGAAUGAUGUGUUUAUUGGUACUGGUCUUGUGGACAUGUAUUCAAAAUGCGGGUGUCUUGACAGCGCUUUGUGUGUAUUUGAUAGAAUGAAGGAAAGGAAUGUCUUGACUUGGACGGCUAUGGUGACUGGGCUAGCCAUUCAUGGGAAAGGAAAACAAGCCUUGGAGCUUUUGGAUAAUAUGGAGGCUAAUGGGGUAAAACCUAAUGCAGUGACCUUUACUAGCUUUUUUUCUGCUUGUUGCCAUGCAGGGCUGGUUGAAGAAUGCCUUUGUUUAUUCCCCAGCAUGGAGAGCAAGUUUGGCAUAUCCCCUCUUAUACAGCACUAUGGAUGCAUUGUCGACCUGCUUGGCCGAUCUGGGCAAUUAAACGAGGCCUAUGAGUUCAUAAGUGGUAUGCAGGUUGAGCCUGAUGCAGUAUUAUGGAGGAGUCUGCUAAAUGCCUGCAAAGUUCAUGGGAAUGCUGUGCUGGGUGAGAAGGUGGGAAAGAUCCUUAUCCAGAUGCAACCAAGACAAAGAUUUGUGGAUUUAAAAUAUUUGAGUGAAGAUUACAUUGCUUUGUCAAACGUUUAUGCUUGUUCAGGAAGGUGGGAGGAUGUUGAGAUGGUGAGAGAGGAAAUGAAGGUUAAAGGAAUUGAAACUAAACCUGGAUGUAGUUCAGCUUACUCUUUUGGCAACCGCCUAUUAAGUCUAUGA